AUGCCGAAAGGAGCGUCGUGGAAAUCCCAAAUCACUAAAUAUCCGCACCCCUGCCAAACUCCAGUGAGUGACGAUAACAACACGUUGGAUGCAGAAUUUCCCUUCAUGCUGGUGCCAGUUAAUCCUGAGCACUGUCGUUCAAAAAUUUAUCGACCUCUCAUGCACCGCCAAAAAUCUGAAUCCUACACCAGCAAAUAUCCUGCAGCUCUCAAGCUUCUGAUGACUCUUUUUUUGACCAUACUCGCGGGCGUUAAGAACUCGGAUACGAGGGUCUUGGUAUCGGAGGUAACCUCGGACGCUCGGAAGUGCCAGUCGGCAAGCAGUAAUCUACUCCGUCUUUCCCGCCAGAUAUUUGAACUGGGCGAGGCCUAUUUUUGUGCCUUUCUGCUGGAUCUUCGGGCUGAGCGGGCAAAUGCUGGCAUUCCUCACUUCCCGCUGAAGUUCACAACAAUGAAGACGAUUGAGCAGCGACUAGGAGUCUCUGGCCGGAGAAAGGCGUAG